UUCAGUUGUCAUUCAGGUCCCCUAUCUUACUCACUAUACAUUUUUUAGCCAUUUUGUAUUGUGCACAAUCGUAGCAGUGACGGUUACACGGUUUACUUCUCGGUACAGAUACAGAUUUACCCUGUUUCUGACGUCAAUUCGUACAUUCAACUCAUGCUUCCAAAUGGCAUCGUUUAUAGCAACAGAAAUAGUUAACUGGAAACGGUCAACAUUUCAAUUCCACCUUCAAAAUUAAAGGCCAAGUGUAUCGCAAAGUGGGCUCAAAAAUUUUUACAAAUCUACUUUAUGGGUGGUGAGGACUCCACAAGUGCACUCGCCAAUCGUGUGGAUGCACGUUGCGACUACCAUAACCUCAAUUCACCGUUUGCAAGCGUAUCAUCGGCGAGCUGGACGCUCUGUUAAAUGAGCACAAUGACUUAUUGAAAUUAUUUAAAUCACACAUGCACAAGCUAGAAAGUGACAAUCACGCUAUUGUCAUCAAUCCUCAUAGAACACCAGCUGGAGUGCAUAUACGUAGAUUCAACGCACCUGUUGUUAACGACGUUGCUGGAAUCAUGUUUGGUGACCGUACAGCUACGAGACAAAUUGUAAUUCGAAGAAUAAAUAAUGAUCUUCAGUUCAUCAGUGACACUCACCGUUUAUAUGACGCCCCCCCAUAUCCAUUAAUUUUUUGGAAGGGACAAGACGGAUAUUGCGUUAAUAUUAAACAACGAGAUCCCGUAACAGGAGCCGAAGCAAACCAGAACGUUAGCUCGAAGGAUUUUUAUUCGCGUUGUUUGAUGAUUAGACGCAGCCGAGACAACAUUAUUUUACGAUUUCGUGAGCUUUGUCAACAAUUUAUGGUCGACAUGUAUGUGAAGAAAGAGAGUGAACGACUACGAUACUUGCGACAUAAUCAACAGAAGCUGCUUGCGGAAAAAUAUAUACACUUGCGAGAUGCUAUUGCGAACAACGCUGACACUGCUGAAAUUGGUAACUCUGUUAUCUUACCAUCAUCGUACAUAGGUAGCCCACGCCACAUGCAAGAAUACAUAUAGGAUGCUAUGACUUUCGUGACCGUGUCUUUUCAUUACGUUCACAUAUAAUCCAAAGCGGCAAGAGAUUAUAUCUUUGCUAUUACUAGAACAAAAUGCAAUACAUCAUGACAUUAUAGCACGUUUGUUUAAACAAA